AUGGUAGCGAAGUCCCUCUCUUCACUUCCCAGCCGGCACCAGGUUUCCCCAGGACCGAUGGCAGGCUCGUCUUGGCUUCACCCCGAAGGGUUACUGGACCCCAGCACCACGAUGAGGUGCGAGCCGUCGCUGGGGAAAUGGCAUAUAGAUGAGGACGUUGCAGAAAGAAAGAAAGAAAAAAUGAAGAACAGACAUGGUGACAACGUCCCUCUCUUCACUUCCCAGUCGGCACCAGGUUGCCCCGGGACCGGUGAGCAGAAGGCGGGGGAUAAAUGA